AUGACUAUUGCGACUACUCUACCAUUAUUGGUUACGACUGCCUUUGCUUGUUACCUAUUUCCUAGUGACGUGCCGGAUCCGUGUAAAGGAGUGACGUGCGGACCUGGGGAGCAGUGUAGACCCACGGCAGACGCAAAAAGUUACAAUUGCGAAUGCCCAACCUCCUGUCCCAGUUAUGGAGACCACGAAGGCUCUCUACCACUUUGCGCAAGCGACGCGAGAGACUACCCAGGAAUAUGUGAGAUGCGCCGAGCUGCCUGUGAGACGCACACGAAUAUAACUUUCAAGUAUUAUGGAAAAUGUGAUCCCUGUGCAGGUGUCACCUGCCCAGAUCCAGAAGUUUGUCAACUAGACGAUAAUCGCCAGCCUCUGUGCCGCUGUGCAGAGUCGUGCCCUCUUGAGUUCUCUCCUAUUUGCGCUUCCGAUGGGAAAACUUACUCUAAUGAAUGUCAGAUGCACAGGGAGUCGUGUCGUGCAAGAAAACAAUUAAAACUUAUUUUCAAAGGACAGUGUAGUUCUGGAGUAAAUCCGUGCGCGGAAGUAGAGUGUCGUUACGGCGCGGAGUGUCGCGUUGAAGGCAGCGGUGCGGUGUGCGCGUGUCCGCCACCUUGCGAGCCCGUACUUCGACCGGUAUGCGGCUCUGACGCGCGUACACACGACAGUGAGUGCGAGCUCGGGCGAGUAGCGUGUCUUUUGGGGAGAGAGCUCAGGGUUGUGCACGCUGGUGCUUGUGGAUCAAACGGAGUGUGUGCGGGUCGCGUGUGCCCACACGGGGGCGAGUGCGUGUCCACGGGCGGGCGAGGCUUGUGUCGCUGUCCGCGCUGUUCGAACGAGUUCGCGCCCGUUUGCGGCUCAGACGGUAUCUCCUAUGGGAACCGAUGCAAGCUGCAGCUCGAGGCUUGUCGACACAGAAGGCACGUGCAAGUGCUUUACGACGGACCCUGCAAUGGAUGCGAAAAUAAGAAAUGUGAGUUUUAUGCGGUUUGUGAGAGUGACGGGGUUACAGAAGCAAGUUGCGUUUGUCCAAAACACUGUGAAGAUGGAACUGAAACAGAAGAAGUUUGUGGAAACGAUAAUCAAACUUACAGUAGUGUCUGUGCUCUACGUGACGUAGCUUGCCGGGAGAAAAAACGACUUCACGUAAAACAUAUGGGUUCUUGUGAGUCGUGUGGUGGCGUCCAAUGUCCCAACGGAAUGUGGUGUUCGCGCGGUAAGUGCUCGUGCGCGGCGACGUGCACGGACGCGCCGCGCGAGCCCGUCUGCGCGGACACGCACCGCACCUUCCCCGACGAGUGUUCGCUCCAACGGGCCGCGUGCGAGGCGCGCAUGCGCGGCGAAACCGCUCCGCAAGUCGCUUACUAUGGGGAAUGCACGGAUUCGCAUGAUGGAAACUUCACUGAAGGCGAUAACUCGGGCAAGGUGCUGGAGACGGGCAACGAGAUCCGCGCGUCCGACGAGACGGCUCGCUCGAGCGGCGCCGGCGGCGCGGCGGCGUGCGCGCGCGUCACGUGCGCGCACGAGGCCACGUGCGCGGUGGACGCGGCCGGCGCGCCGCGCUGCGCCUGCCUGUUCGACUGCGGCGCCGCGCCGCCCGCGCCCGUGUGCGCCUCCGACCUGCGCCUCUACCCCGCCCUGUGCCACAUGAAGCUGGAGGCGUGUCGCCGGCAGGAGGACCUGCGUCUGCGCCCGCUCGCACUCUGCAGAGGACUAGAGUUUCGACCUUGCGGAGACGACGAGCCUCUUACGGAUGCCGAAGGUCGUAUAAUGGACUGUGGUGGCGGUCCGCAUCGAAAAGACUGCCCAGUUGGGAGCUACUGCCAUCACACCGCUAAGGCUGCACGUUGUUGUAGAAAAGAUAAAUCAGUCGAAGAGAAGAAAGAUUGUCAGGAAUCCUGGUACGGUUGUUGCGGGGACGGUGUCACCCCGGCUCGGGGUCCGGGUGGGGCCGGCUGCCCUUCACAGUGUGGCUGCCACCGGCUCGGAUCCGUUUCGGAACAGUGCGACGAGACCGGCCAGUGUCGGUGCCGGCCCGGUGUGGGCGGACAUAAGUGUGACCGCUGCGAGCCAGGCUACUGGGGCCUGCCCCGGAUAGGAACGGGACAUACGGGUUGUAUACCAUGCGGCUGCUCGGCAUUCGGGUCAGUUCGUGAAGAUUGCGAACAAAUGACGGGUCGCUGUGUGUGCAAGCCUGGCAUACAAGGACAGAAGUGUACCGUGUGUUCUAAUCACGAACACACCCUUGGGCCCACCGGUUGUUUUGAUCCGGAAUCGACCCAGCUUCCAGCUACCGAUUGUGAGCACAUGACAUGCUAUUUUGGGGCCUACUGUGUGAUCCGAAGCGGGCUCGCGACUUGCGAGUGUGGUGCUGUGGAAUGCGCGGCGUCUGAGGAGCCUGCAGUAUGCGGGAGCGAUGGCCGCACCUACCUGUCUAACUGUCACCUCCGGGCACAUGCUUGCAGGACACAGGCAGACGUCGUUGUUCAAGCGUUCGGUCCCUGUGGCGACGAAGCCCCCACUGUCCGGAGAGAGAAAGUACAUAUUGCAAACGUUACCUCGAGGGAAAGUGAAGAUAACGUCGGUUGUAAUAAAAACCUAUCUAAAAAUGUUCACAUCGAAAGCGAGUCUGAGGAGCAAUAUAUUACAAAUGAGGUUGAGGAAAAUUAUCCAAUUUAUGAAGAAUACAUGGAGGGCCCUGAAAACGAAAUUUAUACGGCGCCAUUAUUUGACGGGUUGGCUCGUAUGACGGCUAGGACACGUUUGCCCGCUAAACGAUUCGACAUAUGGGCAGAAGUGUCAGCCGUGUGUGGAAGGGGCGCCUUAAUAAGUGCCUCAGGUGUGAGAGAUUAUUUAUGGCUUGGGCUCGUGGACAACAGAGCUGUUCUGCGUUGGGACGCAGGGAGCGGCCCCUUAGAGUUACAUUCUGGAAAAGUAAAACUCGAUGUGAAGUCUAAAAUAUCUGCUAGAAGGUAUAAAAAAGAUGCGAUGCUUAAAUUGGGAUCGUCGACUGCCCGGGGUUCGAUGCACGGACGUAUGAACUCACUCGAUGUGGAUCCGUAUAUUCACGUCGGCAAGCCGCCUGCCAAUGUUACGAAGUUAUCAGGUACGCACUCACUGCAUGGGUUUGUCGGUUGCGUGCAUCGCUUACGGGUGAGCGGUCGUGACGUUAUCCCCCCCUCGAGAGGUCUCUCCGUCAUCGCUGAAGGCCUUCGACCUUGCACUCCGUACAAUCUCGCUCAAAUCGAAUGUCCUUGAAAUUAUUGUACACAUUUAAAAAACAUUUUAAAGAGCACGUGAGAAUUCUGACAUUUUUAAAAAUAGUUCAAUAUAUUUCAUUCUUAUAUUGUAUUUUGUGAUUAAUCUUACUGUGAUCAAGAAAAAGUAACCAUUUUCUAAAUUACACAACUAUGGUUCCUUGACGUCCUUAAGAAAUUUCUUAAAUUCAUUGAUUAUACAAAUAUUUCUAAGUUCGUAGUUAUUUUUAAAGUGCGAAUAAAUACGUUAAGUAGAUACGUACUGAUA